CCCCCCGGAGCGGCCGCUGCCCCGCCGGGGAAGUUGAGCUCCGUUCCUCGCUCUCCCCGGUCCCUCGGCGACGGCUCCUUCCUCCCCCUCCCUCCAAUGCGCCUCCCGCUCAUUUCCUCUUUUCCUCCCCGCUCGCCGCCGCUCCGCAGGCGCGCGGCUCGACCGGGCGCCGCCGCGGAGUUGUAGCUCCCAGGAAGCCGCCGCGCAGUCGCCGCCUGUUUCAGGCCGCCGCGGGACCCUGCUCUGACAGCCGGGCAACCAAGCCCCGUGGACUUUCUCUGAGGACGUUCCAAGAUAGGUGCUAGUGAACCCAGAUCCAGAAGAGGAUGGGGAAGCAGAACAGCAAGCUGCGCCCUGAGGUGCUGCAGGACCUGCGCGAGAACACUGAGUUCACGGACCACGAGCUACAGGAGUGGUACAAGGGCUUCCUAAAAGAUUGCCCCACAGGCCAUUUGACUGUAGAAGAAUUCAAAAAGAUAUAUGCGAAUUUUUUCCCCUAUGGCGACGCGUCAAAGUUUGCAGAACAUGUCUUCCGCACCUUCGACACCAACGGUGAUGGGACGAUUGACUUUAGGGAAUUCAUCAUCGCCCUGAGUGUCACCUCUCGGGGCAAACUGGAACAGAAGCUGAAGUGGGCAUUUAGUAUGUACGACCUGGAUGGCAACGGGUACAUCAGCCGUGGGGAAAUGCUAGAAAUAGUGCAGGCAAUCUACAAAAUGGUUUCAUCAGUAAUGAAAAUGCCGGAAGAUGAAUCCACUCCUGAGAAGCGAACAGACAAGAUCUUCAGACAGAUGGACACAAACAAUGAUGGUAAACUGUCGCUGGAAGAGUUCAUCAAAGGUGCCAAGAGCGAUCCCUCCAUUGUGCGGUUGUUACAGUGCGAUCCCAGUAGCGCGAGUCAAUUCUAAUGAAAGGGGACAGUGUGCACAGAGAAUCUCAGCUUGUGUCCUUCAAGCUUUGCUUGCAAACGGAUGCCUUCUCAAACACCCCUCCACACCUCGCGGAUAAAACCCCAUUGCCAGAUGUGUGUGUGUGUGUGUGUGUGUGUCCGAGCGAACCAGCGCUCGCUCCCUUCACUAACACCAGUGCAGCUCUCCUUCGGCAGCUCCGUUCCUGCUUCCCUGUAACGUUAUGAUUCACUCCUCACAGUUUAAAUAUUAAUCAAAAAGUAUGUUUACAUGCAGCUGCAAGAGUUCAAACCGCUGGUGAGAUACCACUUCACUUAGCCGUAAGACGUAGUUCCCAAGAAGAUGAUAGGUAGGACUUUAACCCAACAUAGCAGAUGGUAGAUAAUUUAUUUUGCUUGAGAAAUUACUAAGUU